CCGCGGGGCUCCGCCGCAGCGAGGAGGAGCCCGGCGUUACCCACAGGCCCCCGCCGUGCCGCCACUUCCGCCGCGACCAUUUUGUUCUUCAGCGGCGUCAAGGGUACGCGCUCGGCUCUCAUCAUGUUCCCGGUGGCCAGGGCCGCGCGGGGCCUCGUCGCUCGUGGUGUCCAGCACACUGCGGUCAGACAGGCGCAUCGCAAGCACGAGCCCAGCUUCCACGACAAGUACGGAACCAUGGUUCUCCUCGGUGGAGCUGCCAUGUUCUCCACUGUCUGGACCUAUGUGCUCACACAGCUUAAUAUUGAGUGGGGCUUUUCACCUGUUGGCAAAGUCACCCCAAGGGAAUGGAGGGAGUAACAGCCUCUGCUUCUAAUGAGCUGGUCUAAACUUUCACUGAGAAAAUGGUCGUAUAAUGGCAUUUGUUCCCUGUUUACCACUUGGACAGUGGCAUUCCUGGUCUAAUAAACAUACCUAGAAACCUG